AUGAUCGUCGGUGGAGGCGAUGACUCAGCAAUCAACCAUGUAAAGUUCACCACCACACACAAGUUGAAGCGCACGAUCACUCACAAAUGGUUUGAUGACUUCGAAGACAGUAUCGCCUUCGAUAAGUUUUAUACUGACGGUUUGUCUUUACCUCAUUACGAUGCUUUAGUUAUAACUUUACGUAUCGCUGAUACUGUUGUAAAGAGAAUCAUGGUAGACGACGGGAGCGGCGCUUGUAUUAUCCAUCCAAGAGUCCUCAUGCAAAUGAGGCCCAAAGAUAAGAUAAUACCGCGUUGCAUAACACUAACAGGUUUUAACAAUGCAGUAGAGCGGACCUCCAGAGAGAUAUCAUUGCCAGUCUUAGCAGGGGGAGUCACGUUGGAAACCAUAUUCCACGUCAUGAAUCAGGAAACGGCUUAUAACGCCAUUAUAGGGCGUCCUUGGAUAUACGCCAUGCGAGCCGUUCCCUCGAGCUUCUACCAGGUAAUCAAAUUUCCCACCCCAUGGGGAAUAUUCAGCAUUCGAGGCGAGCCACGUACCACUCAGGAAUGUUACCGGAUCGCCCAAGACUGUACAAAUACCAAACAACUGAAGGGAGCAAAUAAGAAGGAAAUUCAACGUUCAAUCAACGAGGCAGUCAGUGAAGAAGUGGACAAGUUACUAGCCAACGGUUCCAUUAGAGAAUCGAAAUACUCGCAAUGGGUCGCUAAUGUCGUCGUGGUUAAAAAGAAAAAUGGGAAAUGGAGAAUGUGCGUAGAUUUCACCGACCUGAACAAGGCAUGCCCAAAAGACUCGUUCCCAUUGCCCUAUAUCGACCAGCUGAUCGACGCAACCGCAAGGCACGAACUACUAAGUUUCUUGGAUGCCUACUCCGGCUACAGCCAGAUUAUGACGGCCGAAGAGGAUUAA